AUGCCACGUGCAUCCAACCGCCUCUUGGUGUCGGCCCUACUUUGCGCGGGGGCCUUCACCGUGACGCGCUUGGCUUUUGUGUCAGCUCCAGCCAGUAGCUCAAGGCAGCACAGCCCCGUGGUGUUGUCAGCUCGUGGAGGUGGUGAGUAUGACAUCAGCGACGCAGACAUCCAGAACUUCUACAACUCCUUGUUGACUGGACAAGGUGGUGAUCCACCCAAGGGCACGGUCUUGUCCGAACUGGUGGUGAAAUUCUUCCACGGUGAUUUCACUCCACAGGGCUUCAAGCGCUACAGCGGACUUUGGAAGGGACCACCUCCAGGAAACAUCGGCAAGAAGGACAUCGCCGUGGGUGUGGCCAAGUUGAAGGAGCAGAUGGCCAAUCCCAUGUUCGUCACCAAGGGUGGUGUUGGCUAUGGUGUGGAUGAGACACAAAAGGUGGAAGAUGAUGGCAAGGGCUGGGUGUGGCUGGCUGCUGAGAUGAGCCCCGGAGGUUUGGCUGUGGAGCUCUUCAAGUCGGUUCCCUUUGGCAAACGUGCCAUUUUGGUGGCCAAACAGAGCAACGUGGAUGAACUGUUCCAGAAGGUGAACUGGGACACGGCCUUGGGCAACAUCGAGAAGACCUUCGGAGGACCACAGGUGAAGCAGCGAUAA